AAAUAACCUGCUAAACCUACUAUGAAUAGCUAAACCUAGGUUUGCCGAUUUCCUCCUCUUGCCCCUCCCGACCUCUCUGUCGACACCUCUUCCUCUUCUCUUCAUCGCCGCCGACCCGGCGCCACAGGCUCUCCUCCGGCCACGAGCGAAGUCGCUGAUCUCCUUGCGCGCCGUCGCCCCCUUCGACUUUGUUGAGCCAGGACGAUCGAUCAACAUCGACCGUUACUAUUCGAUCGAUCCACGGCUGAGCUACUCGUGCCACCGCCAGCCGUGGCCCCGACCAUGUGUCACCACUGGAGCGCCUUCUUCCUAAUCUGAGGCCAUCAUCCAUUCCAUCGCCGGCAACUCCUUCCUAUUCCGUCCAUCCACAAUGCACCUCAUCAGAGAGCUCUGGGAUUUCACAGUUUCUCCUACAUCCCCUUCAUGAGUGUUCGAUCUCUUUUGGAACUGAAGCAAUUCCCUGCCUCCGGGCGAGCAGAUCGCCGACCCUUUCUGCUCAACGCCAUCACCUCCAGCCUUGGUGGCACUGCCGGCCAGCUGUAGCUUUAACUGCUGGAAAUUUGAUUCUGAUUUGGGACGAGCAUUUCGACGUGGGAGUUAUCUUCCACUCACUUUCCGUGCCUUCCCUCAACCCGAAACCCUGAUGCCCAUCACUCUUCCUCCACCAGCAUUGGAAGUCCUCUCCCUCUCUCACCGCGCUCAUCCGUCCACCCACCUCCAAUGACAUUAUCCAUCAUUCCAUCUUCGAUUCAAGAAAAGGCGAUGAGCGCAUGUCAAGAGGCUAGUUAAUCGGAAAAAAAAAUUGACAUCCUUGAAAACUUGGCUGGCAAGGAAGUUUCAUACUUGACAUAAUCAUGUUUAUUUCUUCUUUAUCUCAUCCCAAGUGAGUGGGAAUCAGGAUUUGAUGUGAAGUACAAGAAUAUGGAAAACAAAUAGAAGCAAACUCUCUCUCUAUGUGAUUAUGCUUGAUGGCCAGUGCUAAAUCAACCUCGGACAACCUUCAGCCUGCUAAACCAAGGAUCCUUUUAGCUGUUUCUGGAAGUGUUGCUGCUAUUAAAUUUGAGAUUUUAUGUCGGAAAUUUUUGGAGUGGGCAGAAAUAAGGGCAGUCGCAACUCAAUCAUCGUUGCACUUUAUUGACAGAAGAUCACUACCUAGCGAUGUGCUUUUUUACACAGAUGAUGACGAAUGGUCUACUUGGAAGAAGAUUGGAGAUGAUGUGUUGCACAUUGAGCUUAGGAAAUGGGCGGAUAUCAUGGUGAUUGCACCAUUGUCAGCAAAUACACUUGCUAAGAUUGCUGGAGGAUUGUGCGACAACCUACUAACAUGCAUUGUGCGAGCCUGGGAUUACCGCAAGCCGAUAUAUGUGGCUCCUGCUAUGAACACCUUCAUGUGGAAUAAUGCUUUCACAAAGCGUCAUCUGGAUGUAAUUAAAGAACUUGGCUUCCAUCUCAUCCCUCCCAUUGCCAAGACGCUGGCCUGUGGAGAUCAUGGAAAUGGUGCCAUGGCUGAACCUCAUGUUAUAUAUAAUACCAUUAGACUUUCAUUCAAGCCAUCAGCUAGUUAAUUAUUAAUCAAGCCGCCAACUUAUCGGCAAACUCCUUAAGUGGUUCAGUUUGUAAACGUAACAUGAGUCCAGCUAGUUUGAUUUAUCAGGUCUUAGAUCAUCACUGUUUCUCUUCUCAGGAGAAUUAAGCCUUGGUCUUAAUGGUUGUCUGAACCGUUUUGUGAAGGAAGUUUCCAUUAUUUAGUCGCUGAUAAAAAAUAUUAUAUAGUUUUAGUAUUGUUGAAAUUUGUGGAUCA